CGGUCCCGCCUCCUGGUAACCCGGGCGACCGCUCCGAAGCUCCGCCCCCGCCUCGCGCUUCCCCAUCCGGGCUCUGAGGCCCCGCCCCCUAGGAGGCCGCGGGUUGUACCUCUCCGGCGCCCAGCCCGCGGGUGGGCCCUGGGUUUGCAGCGCGCGCCGCCGAGCGGUGGUCGUGUUCCCCAUGCAGACUACCGAGAGCUCGCUGGCGCCGCCCCGGCUGCCCCCGCACGCCCCGGGCACGCCGGCGCUGUCGGUGGUGGACAUGCACACGGGCGGCGAGCCCCUGCGCAUCGUGCUGGCGGGGUGUCCGGAGGUGGCGGGCCCCACGCUGCUGGCCAAGCGGCGCUACAUGCGCCAGCACCUGGAUCACGUGCGGCGACGGCUCCUGUACGAACCCCGCGGGCACCGGGACAUGUACGGGGCCGUGCUGGUGCCGAGCGAGCUGCCGGACGCGCACCUGGGCGUCCUGUUCCUGCACAACGAAGGCUACAGCUCCAUGUGCGGUCACGCGGUGCUGGCGCUGGGCCGCUUCGCGCUCGACUUCGGGCUGGUGGCGGCGCCCCCGGCCGGUGCCCGCGAGGCCCGUGUCAACAUCCACUGCCCGUGCGGGCUGGUGGCCGCCUUCGUGGAGUGCGAGGGCGGCCUCAGCCGCGGCCCGGUGCGCUUCCACAGCGUCCCGGCCUUCGUGCUGGCCACAGAUCUCCUGGUGGAUGUUCCUGGUCAUGGGAAGGUGGUAGUGGACAUUGCAUAUGGUGGCGCAUUUUAUGCAUUUGUUAGUGCUGAAAAGUUAGGACUCGAUGUUUGUUCUGCAAAGACAAGGGACCUUGUGGAUGCAGCAAGUACAGUGACAGAAGCAGUGAAAGCUCAGUUUAAAAUUACACAUCCUGAUAGUGAGGACCUUGCCUUUCUGUACGGAACUAUAUUAACAGAUGGAAAAGACACUUACAGUGAGGAGCCAACCACCAACAUUUGUGUGUUUGCAGAUGAGCAGGUGGACCGAAGUCCUACGGGCUCAGGGGUGACAGCCCGAAUUGCCUUACAGUAUCACAAAGGGCUUCUGGAACUGAACCAGACCAGAGCCUUUAAAAGCAGUGCCACUGGCUCGGUAUUCACCGGGAAGGCGGUGAGGGAAGCAAAGUGCGGGGAUUUUAAUGCAGUUAUUGUGGAAGUAUCUGGACAAGCCCAUUACACGGGUACAGCAAGCUUUACAAUAGAAGACGAUGACCCACUGAAGGAUGGGUUUCUUCUCAAGUGACUUCUAUGACUUUUAAAGGCUUUCUUUUUAAAGAAAUCAUUAUCUGUCAGUAAUUUUCAUCUGAAAUAUGUGGAAACCUAUAUCCAAAUUGUACAUGUAAGCCAAUUCCCAUUUUUCUAAAAUAGUAAACUAUGGUUAAAUAUAAAAUCAUUAUACCUUGCCCUAACCGGUUUGGCUCAGUGGAUAGAGUGUUGGCCUGUGGACUGAAAGGUCCCAGGUUCGGUUCCGGUCAAGGGCAUGUACCUUGGUUGCGGGCACAUCCCCAGUAGGAGGUGUGCAGGAGGCAGCUGAUCGAUGUUUCUCUCUCAUCGAUGUUUCUAACUCUCUAUCCCUCUCCCUUCCUCUCUGUAAAAAAAUCAAUAAAAUAUAUAUUUUUAAAAAUCAUUAUACCUCAUAAUUGCAUAGAUAUAUAGACAGGUACAUAGUAGAAAACAAUCAGUGAAUCACUACAGUGGGACAAGUCUCAUACUCUACCAGCUACAUGCCAGGUAGAUUUAAAACAUGAUGUCCUGGCUAGUGUGGCUCGGUUGGAUGAGCUUCGUUCCAUGCACCAAAAGGUCGCUGGUUCAAUUCCAGGUCAGGGCACAGAUAGGGUGGUGGGCUUGAUCCCCAGUAGGGGUUGUGCAGGAGGCAGCCGAGAUGUUUCUCUCUAACAUUGAUGUUUUUCUCUCUCUCCUUUCCCUUAUUCUCUCUCUAAAAUCAAUAAAAACAUGUUUGAAACAAUAAAAAAAAUAAAACAUGAAAGAAAUGUUAACUCGUAGUAUUCUUGCCUGUGAACCUGUUAAAAAUAAAUUUGAUCAUUACCAGUCAUUAUAAAAUGAAGAAUUAUAAUUAUUCAACAUGUAAUGCUCUCAAUAUUCCUUAGACUCGGCUGUGAUCAGUAGUAUUUCUUUUUUCUGACCUGACUGAAACUAAAGUAAUUAAUUCACUUAAACUGGCUUUGCCAUCCAGCAAGUCUGUAUAGACCCAGUCAUUAGGUCUGUGGUUUAAUUACCUGACUAAAAUCAAUUACACAACAAAAUAAUGUUUUCAACUCAUUCUCUAUUACAUUCUUUGGUAAAUCAUGUCUCUCUAAAAAAUAACACUAUCACUAACUUUUUCCUACUUUAUUUACACUCCUUUUUCUCUGGGAAACUAUCCAUCCCCUGAAUGUAGCCUUGCUGGGACCACCAGGCAAGGGCAGGGGUACACCAAUCAGACUCCUGCUCACAGGACCUGGGAUUUUUUUGUUGUUGUUAAUCCUCACCCAAGGAUAUUUUUCCAUUGAUUUUUAGGGA